UUGCUCCGGAUUAUGGGAGGGAGGGGAAUUCAGAAAGGGAGAAGAUAAACGGUAACCAUAUUUACCCGCCAGUGUAAGCCCUCUUACGGGGUGGGGGUUCGUUCCCAGCAGCCGGGUGAGCUCCGCCCUCACGCCCCGCCUGCGCCGGGAAAUCAGGUGACCGCGGGCUGGCGUAGUCACGUGGCUGGGGCGCGCCCGCCCGUUGUGGCCAUGGCGGCCGCUGGUUCCAGUGUGGUGAGGCGAGUGGAAGAGCUCGGGGACCUGGCUCAGGCCCACAUACAGCAGCUCAGCGAAGCCGCCGGCGAAGAUGAUCACUUUCUAAUUCGGGCCUCUGCAGCUCUAGAAAAAUUGAAACUUCUGUGUGGAGAAGACAAAGAAUGUUCAAAUCCAUCAAAUCUUCUAGAACUUUACACACAGGCAAUUUUGGACAUGACAUAUUUUGAGGAGAACAAACUAGUAGAUGAAGAUUUUCCUGAAGAUUCUUCACAGAAAGUAAAAGAGCUGAUCAGUUUUCUUUCAGAACCAGAAAUUUUAGUUAAAGAAAAUAAUAUGCAUCCAAAACCCUGUGAUUUGCUUGGGGAUGAACUCCUGGAAUGUCUCUCUUGGAGACGGGGAGCCCUACUCUAUAUGUAUUGUCAUUCUCUGACCAAAAGGAGGGAGUGGCUCACAAGAAAAUCCAAUUUGCUUAAAAAGUACCUUAUUGAUGGAAUCAGUUACUUGCUACAGAUGUUAAAUUAUCGGUGUCCUGUCCAGUUAAAUGAAGGAGUUUCUUUCCAAGACUUAGACACAGCUAAAUUACUGAGUGAAGGAAUAUUUAGUGACAUUCAUUUGCUGGCUAUGAUGUACAGUGGAGAAAUGUGUUACUGGGGAUUGAAGCAUUGUGCAGAUCAACAGCCAGAAAAUCACGAAGUGGAUUCUGGUGUUUCUGGAGCAAGCUACACAACACAAAAAGAACCUCUGGAUUUCCGAGAAGUAGGAGAAAAAAUUUUGAAAAAGUAUGUAUUUGUGUGUGAAGGACCCCUGAAAGAGCAAGAAUGGAAUACAACAAAUGCAAAACAAAUUUUAAACUUUUUUCAGCAUCACACUAACCAGUAAGUUAUCUAUUCUUUUCCAAGAGGAAAACAAAACAACCCAUGAAAUGGAAAAGUUCCAGAAAAGAAGACAUAUUGACACUGUUUAAGAAUGUUACACUACAUAAAGAUACCCAGCGUGGUUACCUAUUUUUAAUGCCAUCACCAUUUUUCAUUAUAUAUUUUUAAAUCUAUGAAAGAACGAUUCUUUAAUGUUUAAGAUGGCAUGUAUGUUAUUCUAACUCAGCCUGAACUGCAGAUGUUCUGUAACUAAUAAUAAGUAGGAUUAGAGUUUAGCUUUAUAAGUUUUAAUUAUUAGCUUUUUUGUGACAUAAAUUGACCAUUUCAAAUAUCUUCAGAUUAUUUUUAAAUCUGUCUUGAAGUUUGCUGUGCUUCAGAGAUUAAAAUCAAGUCACCUCAUUGCUUUAGAUAUAUUCUAAAAAUGUAAAAAUUGGCAAAAUAAAAAAUUAUGACUAGUAUUCAGACUCCAUUUCCAGAAUAGAUAAAUAAUGAAAGAUGCCACAAAAGAAAUGUUUCAUUUUUUGUUUUACCAUUACUCAUGGCAUUUACAAUUUUUAUGCUAUUGGGCAUUAUGUAAAAAUUUUCAAGUGAUUUUCCAAUUUUAUUUAAAAGAAAAUGGAUGGUUUAUCAAAUGAGUAAUGAAGAUGAAAUCAAGUUAGGUUAGUCCAUCAUUAACUCGUUUGUGUUUAGAGUGCCCCUUUUCAUAGGUAUUGAAAUUUUAAUAUUUUUGUCUUUAAUAGUAGAGAUGAGUGAUAAAGGCCAGAGAACCUAACUUGCUAUCUUGCUUAUUGUCUACCUCAACUCCUAUUGUCUUCUUGGGAUGAUCUAAUAAUUUGCUGAUAUCCUUGACUUCUGUACCAGUGACUUCAUCACAUUCCAGGAACUUAACUCCCAUGGCUACACCUUGAAUGAAUAUCACCAUCCUGAGUUUUUCUUUCUGAAAUCUUAAAUUUCAGUAAUUGAUGAUAAUUCAUGUCUUUCCAGCUUUUCACUUCCUCAUUUUUACUGAUUUUUCUUUCUCCUUUAUUUCUACUCUAUCUCUUUAGCUUCUUCACAGCCCCUUUUUCUUUUCUUUUUUUUUUUUUAACUAUUUUAUUUAUUUAUUUUUGACAGAGAGAGACACA